CAAUACCUCAUUUUCCCGUCGCCAAACAAUUGAUUGAAUUAAUGUCAUUCACUGUGUAACGUUUAGAAUUGUCUCCGACGCUUUUCGACUUUUCGUUGACGAUACGUUCUUCCAGCAGAUGACUGGUCAUUGAUUUUUGAUCCGUGAAUACAGUAAGUAAAUACUAUAACUUACAAAAUGGCCGUCAGACGUACAGGACUUCUGACCGAAGAUUUAUCGCACGUCGAGUUCGAAACCAGCGAAGAUGUCGAAGUACUCACGACGUUCGAUAAUAUGAAGCUUCGGGAAGAUUUGGUUCGUGGGAUAUACUCGUACGGUUUUGAACGCCCAUCAGCUAUCCAACAAAGAGCCAUCAAGCCAAUGAUCAAGGGGCGCGAUGUCAUUGCCCAGGCUCAGUCAGGUACUGGUAAAACGGCUACAUUUUCUAUUGCGAUGUUACAAUCUAUAGACAGCCAGUUAAGAGACACUCAAGUGUUAUGUUUGUCGCCAACCCGAGAGCUUGCUGUACAAAUCCAAAAGGUUGUUCUAGCAUUGGGCGAUUAUCUUAAUGUUCAAUGCCAUGCUUGCAUUGGUGGUACUAACCUUGGGGAAGACUUAAGGAAAUUGGACUUUGGGCAACAUAUUGUUUCUGGUACUCCUGGACGUGUGUUUGAUAUGAUUAGACGCAAAGCAUUGCGUACUCGCAAUAUUAAGACAUUGGUGUUGGACGAAGCUGAUGAAAUGUUAAAUAAAGGAUUCAAAGAACAAAUAUAUGAUGUUUAUCGUUUCUUGCCUCCUGCUACUCAAGUUAUUCUAAUAUCAGCUACUUUACCGCAUGAAAUAUUAGAAAUGACAAACAAAUUUAUGACUGAUCCAAUAAGAAUCUUAGUAAAACGUGAUGAAUUGACACUUGAGGGAAUUAAACAGUUCUUUGUAGCUGUCGAACGGGAAGAAUGGAAAUUCGACACUUUGUGUGACUUGUAUGAUACACUUACUAUAACUCAAGCCGUUAUUUUCUGCAGUACUAAGAGGAAGGUGGACUGGUUGACAGAAAAAAUGAGGGAGUCAAAUUUCACAGUAAGUUCGAUGCAUGGAGACAUGCCACAAAAAGAAAGGGAUGCUAUAAUGAAAGAAUUUCGUGCUGGACAAACGAGAGUUUUGAUUACAACCGAUAUUUGGGCUCGUGGAAUUGACGUACAACAGGUUUCUUUGGUUAUAAAUUAUGAUUUGCCAAACAACCGUGAGUUGUAUAUACACAGGAUUGGCCGUUCUGGAAGAUUUGGACGCAAAGGUGUUGCAAUAAAUUUUGUUAAAAGUGAUGACAUAAGGAUCUUACGUGAUAUUGAACAAUAUUACUCGACACAAAUUGAUGAAAUGCCCAUGAAUGUUGCUGAUUUGAUAUGAAGACAUGGAAAAAAAUUAGCAUUAAAUCUUUUUCAAUAACAUUACAACUUUUACUAUAUUAUAAUUAAAUAUUCACUAAAGGAGAUUUUGUAUUUUAAUUUUUAGAACUUAUAUGAUAUUUACCAAUUAUAUUCUUAAUGUAAAUUUUUCAUAAUUAUGAUUUGAAAUGUAACACAUAAUUAAUUUUUCAUUAUUAAAACUAUUACAGAAUAAAAAUCUUUUCAUUGACAAUCUAAAAGAAUAAUGUUGUUAAAUAUAAUAAUUUCUAUUUUAGUGAUAAGUUAAAAUCAAUCAUAUUGAAUGAGACAGUAAAGGAGUGAAAUCAUACAAUGCAAGCUUGAACAUUUUGAGUCAUUUUUAUUCCCCAAAACAACAAUAAUUAGGGGUAAUCCAAAAUGGCCAUCUUGAUAGGUAAUCCCACUGCUCAGUGACUAAAAAUAAAUAAUUUUUUUUAAAUUCAGAUUUGUCAUAAUCAGGGUUUGGGACUUAUAGCAAUUAUGAAAUCAACAAAUUAAAUAACACUUAAUCCUUCACUAUAAGCACUUAAAAAUAUUAAAAUAAUCAAAAAAAGCAAGACAAAAAUUAUCAAACAUUUUUUUCUAUAUCAUCAUUUAAUUUUUAUACUUAAGACAUAAAAAAAAAUGCUGUCUAAAAAAUUCAAAAACUUUUAGCCUUUUUGAAAACAUUUAAACUCCUUUAUUAUACUUCUAAUAGAUUUGAUAAAUUUGGUUGUUUAGUAGAUAAGCUAACAAAUACGAGUCCCUGUGUUUAUUGCUAGGAAAUAUGAUAAAAGGAGGCAAAUUAUUUUUAGCUCAAGAUUACAGUAAACAAAAACAGAAAUGAACUAAAAUGUCUAGGUUUUUGUUAGUGGCAUAAGUCAUUAUAAAUAAUAAUUAAACAGAUAUAUGCAAAAAAUAAUUAGAAAACCUGGAAAUUAGCAUUUUUUUUUUCAAAAGUGACAAAAACACUCAAUUUCUCCGCCAUCUCGAGGACUAAAUUCUCCCAUCACAAGGUACCUUUAUAUAAAUAUCACGGCGCACUAGCGGCGUUCGUUCUGUUGAAGUGGUGGGAAUACUCAGCAAUAGACGAGUAUUGGUCACCGCCCAGAUGCUGGACAUAGUAUAGAUUUCAAAUCUGAAAAUGUAUUGUACAUAUUUGAGCAUAAAAUGAUUAUUAAAUAAAUCAGAAAUUAGAAAUAUUAAUUAGAAAUUUUCUAGGUUAAGUACCAUAUUUAUCAGAUAAGUAUGAUAUUGUUAAUUUUAAGUAUGUAGUACCAAUGAAAUCAGUUGACAUGGAAUCAAUAGAGUUGUCUUUAAAAAUUAUUAAAAAUACAUUGAUGGAUUGUCAAAGGUCUUUUAAAUGAAGCUAUUUAUAAUAUGCAAAGUCAGGUGUCUAAAUAUAGUUUUUUUUUGUUUCUAAUGCCAGGGUAAGUUUUUAAGGAAAGGAUUUUAAGUUUAUUUUUUAAAGUACCUAUUAUAUUAUAUUUUACUAUUUAACAUCUGUGCUCUAUUUAUUACAUUACAUAACAAUAUUUUAAUAUUUAUAUAUUUUCACAUAAUAUUGAUACAAUAAUAAUUAUUAUUUAUGUUACGCUAUCUGUCAGUAUGAGUAAGUAAUAAGUAUAAUAACAGAGCUGGAGGAGGGGGGGUUAAGUUAAAGAUAGUAAAAUGUGUUGUCAAGGAAACUUGCUGCCUGCCAAGUCAAUUUAAGUGAUGAAAAAAAUUAAAAUUUGAAUGAAGGAUGUAAAAAUGUCUUUUAAUUUUAGUUUUUAGCUUAAUAUGUUUGUCACAUUUCGGUUAGUUACUUAAAAUGUUAAUUGUUAACUGUAGUACAGAAUAGUAGUGUUGUAGAGUGUAUACUUUUUUGAAUAUUCAAUACUUUCAAUAUCAAUUAUUUUUGUAGUAUUUUAAAUACUUUUUUUUUGUAUUGAAUACUUGACUUAGUUGCUGAUGGUUCAUUUUAUUUGUUUUGUUUCCUGAUUUACAUGUACAUUAUCGAAUAUAAUAUCAGUUCUGGUUAUUAUGGUUUAUUAUUUAUUUUAUUUAUGAUAAAAUGUGAAAAUGAUAAUCACCCAGUCACAUUAUUACAGUGACAUAAUUAUAAAUUUGCUUUGGGAGGUACAUAUUUACUAAUAAUCUUUCACAGGUUAACCGCCAUGAGCCCGUAGAUGAUAUAAGAAUAGAUAGGACAUGCCCACGGGGCAUAGCUUUAUAAUUAAUUAUAUCAUGCAGAUCAACUUGAAGUUGGCAAAUUUGAAUCAUUAGGUAGUGCAUUACUAUUUACUUGUUUGUAACGCUUCUACAUUGGCGGCAGUAGGGUGCACGCACAGCAGCGACCCUAGCGGAUUAUUAUUGAAAUGGCAACAAUAAGCGAAUCACACUGGUCGAGCAGUAGCCAGUCCAUACUAUUAUAUUAUGUUCGUGGACAUGCCUAUACCAGUUUCAUAUGGGGCUGUGUGCUUCCCAAGAGAGAAAGACAAUAUGGGGCGUUUUUUAAGGUUAUGUCCAAAAACUGUUUACAAUAUUUGUCAAUUUCAAAUUUGUAUUUUGAUUGUUGUGUCUGAAAAUGGAAAUUGGAAUACUCAAAAUUUUCUAGCGAUAAGUUCUUAUGUCCUAUCCAUUCUUAUAUUAUCUAUGCACGAGCUCCUCUUGGGCUCUCACUAUUCUACUCCCGUACACCACGGGUUUUAUUCAUAGGUUUACUUGAAAACAGUUUUGACGAUUUAAACAAAAAUUGAUAAAAAAAAAAAACUAAUAAUGAUAUCUGCAAGCUUAUAAUACCAUUAGAAAGUGGCAACACUGUACAUUUUAAAUCAGGCUAGAAAAUACUGAUUAUUGUGACUCUAAACGAGCUCUCGCUGAAAAUCGAUUUCAGGUCUCAAUUGUCAAUCUUAGCAAUAUUUUUGAGAACCCAAAUAGAUUCUCAAAAUCGAUUUUAAGUAACUUGAAAAAAACCCGUGGCGGUUAACCUGUUAAAUAUAAUUGAAUAAUUCAUUUAUAAUAUUAUUGUUAAUUAAUUACGACUUAGAAGCUAAAACUAAGAUUGUGUUAUUAGUUUAUUACUAUUUAUCUCUGUGUGUAUUAUUACAGAAAAAUGUAUGUUAUUUUUUUUUAUAUAGAAUUUGAAAUGUGUACUUUUAAAAAGUAUUUGAGUGUUACUUAUAUGCAUCUGUCUAAUUAGUAUUCGGUAUUUUGAUAUGUAUUUUAAAUACUUUUACCAAAAAGUAAUAUAUAAAACUUAUACCUUUUC